AUGUGCUCCGUGGUCGGGUGUGAUUCGGGGCGUCGCGGUGCGCAGCGGUUCAAGUUACCGGAGGACCCGGAGAGGAGGCUGGAGUGGGUCCAGUUCAUUUUCGAGGUCAACGGGCAAAGACUCAAAGAAUCGUGCUGCACUGAUAUCACCGUUUGUAACGAACACUUUACUGGUGACUGUUUUGAGCACGUGACCCCGGUGACUGGCGUGCUCUGGGUCCAGCUGAAGCCCGACGCUGUCCCAACGGUGUGUGUCAAGCCAGAGCCUGGCGAACAUCUGGAGAGCCUGCAACAUGUGGAGCCUGUGGAAACCACAGAUUCUGCUCAUCAGUGUGAUGACCUUAAUAGUUCAACUUCCUCUGACAAUUCAAGACAUACUGUAACAGGUUCACAACCAAGGCCCAUGUCAAGUGGUGUCUCUGAUUCCAAUUCACCUGAUGCUAUAAACGCUGCCAUCUUCGGAUCUGACCAGAUGCAUCAAAAAUCCAUUAAUAUUGAUUUGAACAAGGAAAAAGCUGCACUUCUACAGAUAAAAGGAAAGCAUGUUGUGAAUGAAAGCUGCCUCUUCCAGUUGUUCCGCCGCAAGUGCCCAUCGUGUGGGUGUAAACUUCAGAUGGAGAAAGUCACCUAUGGGGUGCUCAUCAUCUUGAACCAGCAGUGUCUUCAGUGUGACUACAGAAACCAAUGGAAAAGCCAAGUCAAUGCCAGCGUCCCAACAGAUGAGGGUCAACACCUCACAGAAGUAGUAGAAGUAACUCCACAGACCCAACAGGAAAUGUCUACAGAUGACUCCCCCAGCAGCACAGCUUUCUCUGAGAUUGUUACUUUCAGUGAUGAAGAAAGUGAUCCGUCGGACGAAGGAGAGGAAAGUGAUGAUGGUGGGGUGAGUUCAGAUGGGGAAUGGAAUCCAACGAAGGAUUUUUUACUGGCUGAAGAGCUCACAAAGGAGUCUGACGAGGAAACGGAAGAUCAAGGCGAUGAGGAGGAGGAUUUUGUUUCCCCGGAUGGCCUCAAAAUCAACGAGCUGUGCACCGAGUGCGGAAGUUUUUUCACUAUUCGGAAGCGUCACACGUGUGAGCACAAAAUAAAGCCCUAUUCCUGCAAUAUAUGUGGCAAAAGAUGUGUUACGGAGACGUCGCUGAAAAAUCACAGCAGAAUCCACAACGAAACCUACGACCAUCCCUGCAAAUACUGUUAUGUUACCUUCAAAACAAGGGUGGACAAACUCAAACAUGAGCAGACCCAUCAAGAUAACGGAGAUCCUUAUAAAUGUCCCGACUGUCAACAGACAUUCACCACCAGUAAAAAACGCAGAAUCCACCUGGCGAAUCACAGAACCCCGAAAGAGUACAAAUGCGGAGUCUGUGGGAUUGAAUUUAAAGACGUGCAUCAUCUUCGGAGACAUUCUGUCGUGCACACGGGUUUGAAACCGUACCAGUGUUCAGUGUGCCAACGUGGCUUCAACCAGACGAGCCACCUGAAAUCCCACAUGCGUCUGCACACAGGGGAGAGGCCUUAUAAGUGUCGGCUUUGUGACAAAAGCUUCAAUCACAACGUGAGCUUGAAGAGUCACGUCCAGCGUUACCACUCAUCAGGCUCUGGACGUGAACGGAAGAAGGGAAAGGUCAUACAAGCUGAGGACAGUGGGAGUAAGAAAGGCACAGACUGUGAGUUUGAAUAUGUAGAAGAAGAACGAGACGAGGAAGAGGAGGUGCAGAAGGAGAGAACAGAGGUGCGAAAAAGUAGAAAGAGGAACACGGGUAGACCCAGAGGAAGGCCUAAGAGGAAUGUAGCGGGCAGUUUGGCUCCGGCAGGGCAAAAAGAAGCUAAACGUUCAAACACUAAGACUGCAAAAUCAAAGGCCCGGAAAACAGGUUCCAGCAACGAGGAGAGUGAGGACGAGCAAUCAGACAGCGACACGUCCUUUGAAUCAGCAGAAGAGGAAGAAGGAGUAGAAGAAGAAAAGAAGAAGGAGACGAAGACGGUGAGGAAGAGCACAGCGAGAUUAAGAGGAAGAGCAGAAAAUGACAUUGACACUGAUUUUGAUCCAGAAGAAGAAGCAAAGAAAAAGAGGUUCAACAGCCAGAGCAUCGCUCAGAGCUCAGGGAAACGUAGGGGGAGGCCAACGAGGAAUCUAGUGGUCUGAGCCAAGUGGAUUGAUAUAUCUUGAGUGUGAAUAUAUAAAUAUAUAUAAAAUAUAUAUAUAUAUUAAAAAUAUUUUAAAUAUGACAAA